GCCGGUUUCAAGAAUCAAGAGACUACGAGAAGUCAAUUCGACAGUCCUAAGUCCACAAAGAGUUUAUAAAAGUGAUAACUGAGCAGAAUUCCAAAAAGACUGUUCAAAGAAUUUCUUAGACAAAUAAAUUUAUUUUUUUUUACAAUCAUGUUGCCAAGAAGACGUGUCGUUGAUCUACUGCAGAUUAUUUCGUCACAAUCAUGCAAAUGUCCAGCUCAUGGAAAUCCAGGGGGAAAUGGUAUAAUAAAUCAUGGGAAAACUCGUAGCACUACUAGCACUACAGUUCCAACGAAAGAAUAUGCUUUCGAGAUGGCUUGUUCGACUGUUCGCUAUGGAAUUGGAGUAACGAGGGAAUUAGGCAUGGAUGCACAAAAUUUAGGAGCGAAAAAAAUUUGCCUAAUGACAGAUUCAAAUUUAGUGAAAUUAUCACCUGUUAAGAAGGCUCUUGAUAGUCUGACAAAACAUGGAGUAAACGUUGAAAUUUAUGAUAAAGUACGAGUUGAACCAACUGAAGCAAGUCUUCAAGAUGCGAUAGAAUUUGCCCAGAAAGGAAAUUUUGAUGCUUACAUAGCUGUUGGAGGUGGUUCUGUUAUGGAUACAUGCAAAGCUGCAAAUCUCUAUGCAUGUGAUCCAAAAGCAGAUUUUCUAGAUUACGUAAACGCACCAAUUGGAAGGGGUAAGCCAAUAUUGGUUGCAUUGAAACCAUUGAUUGCAGUGCCCACAACUUCCGGUACUGGUUCAGAAACUACUGGUGUUUCUAUUUUUGACUAUAGACCACUUAAGGCAAAAACUGGUAUUGCUAAUAGAGCAUUGAGACCAACUUUGGGUAUAAUAGACCCUGAGCAUACAUUGACACUACCGGAGAAGGUAUGUGCUUAUUCUGGAUUCGAUGUACUUUGUCAUGCACUUGAAUCUUUUACUGCCAUUCCAUACACUGAAAGGACACCGUGCCCAACGAAUCCUAUUUUGAGACCUGCUUAUCAGGGAAGUAAUCCCGUUAGUGAUGUUUGGGCAAGAUUUGCACUUCAAGUAAUGCGAAAAUAUUUUGAACGAGCAGUUUAUAAUUCUGAUGAUCUAGAAGCAAGAAGUAAUAUGCAUUUAGCUAGUACAAUGGCUGGUGUGGGAUUUGGAAAUGCUGGUGUUCAUUUGUGUCACGGUCUUUCCUAUCCCAUUAGUGGGAACGUUCGUAAUUUCCAGCCAAAGGGCUACAGUGAUGAUCAUCCAAUUGUACCUCAUGGACUUUCAGUUGUUAUUUCGGCUCCAGCUGUAUUUUCCUUUACCGGAAGUGCCUGUCCAGAAAGGCAUUUAGAAGCAGCUCAACUUCUUGGUGUCGAUAUCACUAAUGCAAAACGUGAAGAUGCUGGCAAAAUUUUAGCCGACACUGUUAGAGAAUAUAUGAGAAUUAUGAAAGUUGAAAAUGGAUUAGCAGAACUUGGUUUUAAGAAAGAUGAUAUUCCAACUCUUGUUCAAGGAACAUUGCCUCAGCAUCGCAUUACGAAAUUGGCGCCUCGAGAACAAAGUGAAGAAGAUCUCGCAAAACUUUUUGAAAAUUCUUUUCAAAUCUAUUGAAAUUUAAAUAUAGAGAAAUGAAAUUUAUAAAAAAUUAAAUGUAAAUAAUAUUACAAUUAUUUUUAUAUUCUUUGGGAAUUUAUUUUUAUGUUAUUAAAUAAUCAGGAAAUUAUA